AUGACGACUCUUGGUCUUCGGCUUGCAGCUGGCAGCGCGCGGGCGACGCGUCUCUCGCAUGCAUGGACGCGUGGUCGGCAAUUGCGGGCAAGGCAUAACCACCAGCGUACGACACUGCCUUAUCCAAUUAAUGAGGGCCUAGGAGAGUUCCUGCCGCCGACAUCGUUGAGGAUGAUUGCUGAGGACUAUCAGCAAGGAUUGCUGGACAGGCUGAACGACUCUGUCAAGGGUACCGUGUUGGAAAAUAAAAGCGUGGUGCAGACUGUCAUAGAAGCUGCUCAAGACCCAAGUCAAAUUUUGGCUUUCAACUAUGCUAGCGAAGCAUUAAACAACUCGUAUUUCCUCCAAUCUAUGAAACCCCCUCCUGCCGAUGCAAGUUCACAUGAAGGCGAGCUCGUCAAUUCCGCGGUCCACCACCGCAUUCGGACAGACUACUCGAGCCUCGAUCAGCUCAAGUCCGAAUUCAGCGCCGGCGUCCUCGGCAUGUUCUCCUCAGGCUGGAUGUGGCUUGUCUGCGACAACACCGGCGCACUGAGCAUCUAUCCUACCUUCGGCACCGGCACGCUGCUCAUCCGCUCGCGGAAAUCCCAGGUGUACCAGCAGCAUGAGCUCAUCGUGGGCGAGCUGGAAUCCAACGCGCGGCGGAGCGCACCCGAUGAUGCGUCGCCUGCUCCCAGUAGCAUCCCAUCACCACCGCUCCCACCGUCGCCAGAACCGACACCCUCCUCGCCCGUGUCCGGCAUCUCGCAUGCAGGGCCGCCACUGCAUCCACCGACACAAACUCGCUCCUAUGCGAUGUCCAACAUCUACAGCAAACGGGCAGGAAGCCUGUACGAUGGCACGAGUGGAUUCUCCGACGUAGACUCGUCAACACUCGGCGAACGGCUCUUCCCGUUGUUCUGCGUGUCCGUACACGAACAUGCGUGGGUCAGCGCUGGGUACGGUGUCUGGGGCAAGGAAGAGUAUAUGAAGCGAUUCUGGUCAGUAUUGGACUGGAAAGCGGUAAGAGAUCGGUAUGAAAAGUGGCAAAUGGAUGGGCGGUAUAUGCUAUGA